AUGAAAAAACUCAAACCGGUUCAACUCGAACCAGGUGUAACCGCUUGCAAAUCAAACCGAACCGGUUCUCCCCCACUCCCCCUUGCCCCCGUUUCUCCCCCACUCCCCCUUGCCCCCGUUUCUCCCCCACUACCCCUUGCCCCCGUUUCUCCCCCACUUCCCCUUGCCCCCGUUUCUCCCCCACUUCCCCUUGCCCCCGUUUCUCCCCCACUACCCCUUGCCCCCGUUUCUCCCCCACUUCCCCUUGCCCCCGUUUCUCCCCCACUUCCCCUUGCCCCCGUUUCUCCCCCACUUCCCAUUGCCCCCGUUUCUCCCCCACUUCCCCUUGCCCCCGUUUCUCCCCCACUUCCCCUUGCCCCCGUUUCUCCCCCACUUCCCCUUGCCCCCGUUUCUCCCCCACUUCCCCUUGCCCCCGUUUCUCCCCCACUACCCCUUGCCCCCAUUUCUCCCCCACUACCCCUUGCCCCCGUUUCUCCCCCACUACCCCUUGCCCUCGUUUCUCCCCCACUCCCCCUUGCCCCCAUUUCUCCCCCACUACCCCUUUCCACCGUUUCUCCCCCACUUUCUUCCCCACUUCUCCUGGCCCCGUUUCUCCCAUUGAUCCCCCUUCCUCCGCUCCCCCACUUUCCCCUGGCCCCAUUUCUCAUCCACUCCCCCUUGCCCCCGUUUUCUCCCCCUCUCCCCCCUGCUCCCAUCUCCCCGUUGCUCCCCCCGCUACCACGGUGCCCCCUCUCUCCCAUUCUUCCCCCUACCACGGUUUCUCCCACACUCCCCCCUGCUCCCAUCUCUCCCCCCGUCGCUUCACUCACAUCACUCCCCCCAUCCUGCGGUGCUCCCCCCGUCGCUCCCCCCCUUGUUACCACCGCUGCUCCCCCGUCGCUCCCCCGCUACUUCCCCCACUGCUCCCCCGUCGCUCCCCUCUCUACUUCCCCCGCUGCUCUCCCCGUUGAUCCCCCCUCUACUUCCCCCGAUUCUCCCCGUUGCUCCCCCCGCUGUUACCCCCGCUGCUCUCCCCGUUGCUCCCCCCUCUACUUCCCCCCUCUCCCCGUUGCCCCCCUCUCUACUUCCCCCGCUGCUCUCCCCGUUGCCCCCCUCUCUACUUCCCCCGCUGCUCUCCCCGUUGCUUCCCCCACGCAGUUUUGCUGA